AUGGCUGUGCGCGCGCAGUUCGAGAACUCCAACGAGGUCGGCGUCUUUGCGACUCUCACCAACUCCUAUGCUCUGACCGCCCUCGGUGCGAGCGAGAACUUCUACAGUGUCUUCGAGGCCGAGCUGCAAGAUGUCAUCCCCAUCUGCCGGACAACCAUUGCCGGUACGAGAAUCAUUGGCCGGUUAACAGCUGGUAACCGCAAGGGCCUCCUUGUUCCCACGAGCACAACAGACCAAGAACUCCAACAUCUUCGCAAUAGCUUGCCCGACGAAAUUCGCAUACAGAGAAUAGAGGAGCGUCUUUCCGCUCUCGGCAACGUCAUUGUCUGCAACGACCACAUCGCUCUGAUUCACCCUGACCUGGAGCGCGAGACGGAGGAGAUCAUUGCCGACGUUCUCGGCGUCGAGGUCUUCCGCCAGACCAUUGCCGACAACGUGCUGGUCGGAUCCUACAUGUCGCUCUCCAACCAGGGUGGUCUCGUCCACCCCAAGACCUCGAUACAGGACCAGGACGAGCUUUCCAGUCUUCUGCAGGUGCCUCUGGUCGCCGGCAGUGUCAACCGCGGCAGCAACGUUGUCGGUGCCGGCAUGGUCGUCAACGACUGGAUGGCUGUCACCGGUCUCGACACCACGGCGACGGAGCUGAGCGUCAUCGAGAGCGUGUUCAGGCUCGGCGAGGGUCUGGGUCCCAGCAACGUCAACACCAACCUCAAGGACACCAUGGUCGAGUCGUUCUACUAA